CGUCUCGUGUCUCAUUUCCUCGAGUCCUGCCAAGUCGUUCGCAACUGCCACCGGCUCCUUUAGAAAUUUUUUAUUACAUUGUUAAUUCGUUAGAAUUUUAAUACAAUAUGGCGAACACUGAACGUACUUUUAUUAUGAUCAAGCCUGAUGGCGUUCAACGCGGGCUCGUUGGUAAAAUAAUCCAACGCUUCGAGGAAAAAGGCUUCAAACUCGUCGCCAUGAAAAUGACUGUGGCUUCAGAGGAGCUACUGAAAAAACAUUAUGCCGAUUUGGCAUCUCGUCCGUUCUUCCCUGGUCUCGUCAAGUACAUGAGCACCGGUCCAGUCGUUCCAAUGGUCUGGGAGGGUCUCAAUGCAGUAAAAACUGGACGAGUGAUGUUGGGUGAGACCGACCCGAAAGAUUCUAAGCCUGGCACAAUUCGUGGAGACUACUGUAUUCAGAUUGGUCGCAACAUCAUCCACGGUUCGGAUUCUGUGGAGGCAGCAAACAAGGAAAUCAACCUGUGGUUCGGUGACAAGGAGCAGAAAGAACUUUUCGAUUGGUCUUCGUGGGCAGAGAAAUGGAUCUACGAGUGAUGUGAUAAUUUGCAAAAGUCAUGUUUUUUACUAAGGACGAGAAGAGUUAAAAAUGGAGAAAAAAAUAUUCAAUAGCAGACUGAUAAAACGUUGAUUGGCCUUAGCAAUGUUUUAACUACAAGAACUGUACGGGUGCUGAGAGAAAAAAAUAAAAAUGCGACAAAAAAACUUCA